GAGAUUAAGCGAUGAAAAAAAUCUUCCUCUUGAUGGUAAACGUCAACGUUUCCAUUCACCCCACCAAGAGCCAACUGUAAUAAACCAGAUAGUGCCUUUGUCAGGUGAACGAAGAUACUCAAUGCCACCAUUGUUUCAUACGCACUAUGUUCCAGAUAUAGUCAGAUGUGUUCCACCUUUUCGAGAAAUAUCAUUUUUAGAACCUAGAGAAAUCACACUGCCUGAGGCCAAAGAUAAGUUGAGUCAGCAGAUACUGGAGUUAUUUGAAACAUGUCAACAGCAAAUAAGUGACUUAAAGAAGAAAGAACUCUGUCGAACACAGCUGCAGAGAGAAAUACAGCUGUUAUUUCCACAAAGCAGACUUUUUUUGGUUGGGUCCUCUUUAAAUGGAUUUGGUACCCGGAGCAGUGAUGGUGAUUUAUGCCUAGUUGUUAAAGAAGAACCAGUAAAUCAGAAGACUGAAGCACGGCAUAUACUCACCUUAGUCCAUAAACACUUCUGUACUAGACUUUGUGGCUACAUCGAGAGACCUCAGCUGAUCCGAGCAAAAGUGCCAAUUGUGAAGUUCAGGGAUAAAGUCAGUUGUGUGGAAUUUGACUUGAAUGUAAACAAUAUUGUUGGAAUAAGAAACACAUUCCUUCUCAGAACUUAUGCAUAUCUUGAAAAUCGAGUUCGUCCAUUAGUACUGGUGAUUAAGAAGUGGGCAAGUCACCAUGAUAUAAAUGAUGCCAGUCGUGGUACUUUAAACAGCUAUAGUCUUGUAUUGAUGGUUUUGCACUAUUUACAAAGAGUCUUUUAGUCCUGCUAUACAGCUACACCUUGUACAUCAAGCUCCAUGUAAUGUUCCUCCUUACCUCUCAAAGAAUGAAUCAAGUCUUGGGGACCUCUUACUGGGCUUUCUUAAAUAUUAUGCUACAGAAUUUGACUGGAACAGUCAAAUGAUUUCAGUUCGUGAAGCCAAAGCCAUUCCAAGACCUGAUGGAAUUGAAUGGAGAAAUAAAUACAUCUGUGUAGAAGAACCUUUUGAUGGAACAAAUACAGCCAGAGCUGUGCAUGAAAAGCAGAAAUUUGACAUGAUCAAGGAUCAAUUUUUAAAGUCAUGGCACAGAUUGAAAAACAAAAGAGAUUUGAACAGUGUACUACCUUUAAGAGCUGCUAUCCAGAAAAGAUAACUCGCCUCCUAUUUCUUAAAUUCUUCAAGAAAUAAAGAACAGUAGUUACAUCAUAAUGCAUCUUGUUUACCUCCAUCAUGUUUUUUUUUAAUUGUUCUUGUUUUCAUGUUUUAUUUUUAAAAGGACAUACUUAUAUAAAGAUUGCAUAUUUUAUUAUGACAUUUCCUAAUAAAAUUCUUUGAUUUAAAAAUGUAUUUUUGAAAAUGUUUACAUUGAUGAUUAGUAAUAUUAUGGCAUGAAUUUUCAGGCAAUCAGAUAAAAUAUAUUUUGGGAAAUUACCUGAACAAAUAAAAGGUUUUUGAUAUAACUCCAGUUAAUUUUACCACAUGUUAAUACUGAAGAGCCGUGUGAAAUUUUGAAAAGGCUCUAAUUCAUACAUGCUUCCAGUAUAACCUACAGUAGAUAGUUCAUUGCCUAAGUCUGUUCUAGUAAAGUGAAGGUUCAAGUCAGUUAUACAGUUACUUGAAGCAAAAUGAAAUCUUUUAUUUCAGUGAAAUCACUGUGGAGUCAUGAAAUACUGGACAGUUGCCUUAAGUCUUCACUUGACUCCUGGGACAGACUGGGGCUUUGGGUGUGUCUGUAUUAGCAUUUCAUUAGUACUUCACAUGCUUUUGAUGUACUCUUGAGAUUGCUUUAGAUUGUGUUGAAACAACAAUGUGUUUUGCACUGUGGUAAUGUGCACACUAACUCUUUCAGCAGUUAGUGACUUGUUAAUGGAUUGUUUUAAAGACCCUGUCUUAGACAUUUGGAAAACAUGAUGUCUUCUGUGCUUUGUGAUAGCUUAGUGCAGUGUGCACAUUUUUUUUCUUUGCUUCCGUUUUCCUACUUUUAUUUUCCAUGUGACAGGAAGCAACAGAAACUGAAACAUCAAAGUUAAGAUUAUAUCCUAUUUUUAGAAUCAGAUUUCUUUCUGUGCACAAUUAUAGGAUUGUAAUCUAAACUGGAAUUUUUAAGCAGUAAGCCACUACAAAAUGUUUUGAUAAUACAUAAAUAAAGUUAUUAUAAAUAAAAACAAUGUUUAUAAAAAUAUCUUUUUUAGUAUUUCUUUCACAUGAAAAGUAGUGGUGGCUGCUGAAAAAGCUAUUGUUUGUUAAGGUGGCUUUGCAUUUAUGUAAAUAUUUGUAAAUUGGUCAGUGCCUGUAAAUUUAAAUAUAAAAAGUAAUCUUGAAAACAGUUUUAACUUUUUCAAAAGGACUGCUAGUAACUUCUUUUAGAUCUACUGUAGUACAGUUUGUAACUAAUGUAUUUUUUGCAGACCAAUUCAAAACCUACAAUUUCCACCUUUGACUUAUAAAAGGUGCAUAUUUUCAUUUUCUUUAAGUUUAAAUUUUUGUAUG